AUGCCUCGCCCCAGAAGACCCGGCGCGCCAGAGCCGAAACGACGAUCCCGUAAGGGCUGCUGGCCGUGCAAAGCCCGAAAGGUGAAAUGUGGAGAGGAGAAGCCGUCGUGCCUCAACUGCCGACGCCAGAAUGAACCAUGUGACUAUAGCAUCAGGUUGAAUUGGGGCGGGAGGACACGGAGGAAAUCUUCUGUAGACUCCCCCAGCUCUCAGUCCAGUAGUCCACCGGGCCACUAUGCCACCUUCAGUUUCUCGCCAUCGAACCAAUACCAUCCGGAUGCCCCGAGUCCAGUCCAGCCAUACACACCCUUUUCCAUGCGAGACGGAACGACUGUGCCAGAUCAAGCUGCAGGGGACUUGCUAUGGGAUGUCGGACUUGCAGGGGGUAUGGAAAUAGGAACAUCCACAACCAGUCCUAAAGGAUUACAUGAUAUCCUCCAUGAAACUCCGACUGCCUUUGGCCAGUUAAAUAAUGAAUCCAACUGUACAAAUGGCAAGACCUCUGUAGACAUGGGGGCUACGUCGCAAGAUCAAGAAGCGACCUCCCCAUGGCCAGAUUUGUCCCCCGAUUUAGCCACAUCCUCGUCGAGCGAGACCCUGCUCGCUUUCUCCCCGCCUGUACCUUCAUCGCUGGACACCAUCUCAUACCCAUCGCCUGCAGAUACGAACUCGACUAUCGGUUCAUUCGCGGCUUUUAACUUUUCCUCUGCCACGAUAUCGAGGCCCAUCUCGUUCCUCCGACAUACAUCGGACCUCCAUCAUUCCCCGCCCGACUCCAAUCACAUGCCCGAAUCUCGUACCGAGUUUUCUAGCUAUUCCUCGUCUACGGAUGUGAUGAGCAUCUAUGCAGACUUCCAGUCACAUGCAUCAUCUUCUGCUCAGAAUGCGGCAUCGCCAGGGUCGGCAGAAGCAAGUUUGCUUUCGUCGGGAUUGGCUCACGAGGCCCCAGCGCUGCAGGCGGGUCCAGCCGUCCAUACGGAGAACUUCUUCAGCAAGAUCAUGAACGAUCCUCUGCAUCCUGAUAGCCAAUCCGAUGGGGUUUAUUCUCGCACAGGAUACGUCUCCCAUGCUGCUGACAGUGCAGGCCAGAGCCUAUCGGAACCGGAGGAUGUUUCCAUGUCGGAAAAGAGAUGGCAAGCUUAUCUGACCAGGGUCACGGACAAUUACGGGUUGGAUUGCGGGCGCCCGGAUCUCGAUCUCAACAAGAACGACGAUCAUUCCGCCAUUGACAUCAACUACGCUUUGGAUUUGAUUAACUCGGACAGUCGACCUUCCGCUUCGAACUCGGAAGGUUUGCAUACAGAGAAUGCAAAGUACGAUGGGUCUGACUGCAACAAGCGUAGCUACUAUGCAUCGCCGGUACCAAUCAAUAUACCGCGGUAUCUUUCGCCGUUGCCACCGUCACUCGUGAAGACGCCAAUUAACUUGAUGUAUUUCCACCACUUUCUCAACCAUACCGGUCGCAUGCUGGUUCCUCAUGAUUGCGAAAAUAACCCGUUCAUCUCGGUGUUACCGACCAUGGCAAUUGGCGACUCUAAUCUUCUAAAUCUGAUGCUGGCAUAUUCCGCUAGUCAUCGGGCGCGGUAUCUGGGCCAUCCUGAGCCCGCAACCCGAAUUGCACACUGGGUGAGCAAUGUCUUUCCCACUCUGCGCUUGGCGCUUGAGGAUCCUCGUGAGAAGGUGACCGACAGUCAUCUUGCGACUGCCAUCAUGCUUCUCUCUCUGAAAAUCAUAUCUCCCAGCACGUUUGAAGUGCCCAUCCCAUGGCAAAGUCACUUGAAGCUUGCUCGGGAUCUGUAUCUGGCACGACAAGAGCAGAUGUCAUACCCUGGAAAUCGUGUCGGCGCAUUUCUCACGCGCUGGCUGGGAUACAUCGAUCUCAUGGGCGCUCUAUCGUGCCGGGAAAGUGGACCACCACUGUCUGCAUAUCAAUCUGUUUUGGCGGUCUGCUCUGAUGCAGGAACACAUGGCGAAUAUUGUGUUGACUGCUUCAGUGGGUUUACGCCCAAAACUGGCUUGUUUCUAAUGCAGCUGGGAAGAUUGACUCAUGAGUGUGACAACGAGCGUUUCGACGAGAACGGAGUCUUUCUUCCUGACUGGGAACCAUCACCAGGUGUUGUCUUUGAAGCCGAAGCCUUGAUAGCGGAUCUUGGCGCUUUGGAAACCUACGCCUAUGCUGACGCAGCGCACUUCGGUCCGAGCAAGACCGAUUUUCUAGCCACUGACCGGGCCUUUCGCUAUGCAGGGCUAUUGCACCUUCAUCGUCGGGUGCUAAAUGCGUCGCCCUUUUCUGAGGCGGUUACGGGGGCCGAAAAAGAGCUCUUCAAGGCAAUAGGUGACAUCCGGCAGAGUGCGUCUGCAGAGGUCGGGGUUUUGUUCCCAUUGUUUACUGCGGGCUGCGAAGCUCGGGAUGCUGCGCAAAGAGCAGAAAUCCAAGACCGCUUUGAUUUCCUCGAAAGAACAGGAAUGAAACAGAUGCAAAGCGCUCGUACGCUGAUGCAGCGAUGCUGGUCCGAAGACUUACCGUGGAUCGCAUUGGCUCAGGGCGAAUUUCUAGGGUAG